GGGCGGACUAAACUGCUCGUCUGAGUUCAUUCCCAACAAGGGUUUUUGUUUCAAAAAGCAGAGAGAAAGCAAAGAGAGAAGAGAUUUUUUCGAGGCGCCUGAGGAAUGAGCUCUGCGAGAGUGUUUCUGGAAAGUCACGUCAGCACGGAAUGACCGAGCUUGAGUCGUUGUAUAUGAUGUUCAUUACAGCAACAGCUGAAAUCUGAAAUCAGCUCUUUUAUUCUUCAACACAGGACUUCACAAUGGGAUAAAUCGUAAGAAGUUACUUAGCCGUUUGUCAUUUCUAGUCUAUUCAUACUGGUUCUACUACGCUUGAGAUUUUGCUAGUUGUUCAUUCUUUCUCUUAUUCUGAUAAAAAAAUCUUUCGCAACAUCGAUUGACCUCGACGAAGAUAUUCACAAUCACAUUCACUCAUCCAAAUACACAAGUAACAAAAAAUGACUCUUGGUCUCGGUUGGUACGCUCCGUUCCUGAGCAAUUCUGGCUAUGGCUCUGAGGCCAUUAGCUACUUGCAGGCUUUUCAGAAGUAUCUGGUUCCGCAGAAGAGACUAGAGGUGGCUAUCCGCCAAUUCGCUGAACCCGAAAAUGAGGAAUGGACUAAGCACUACUUACCUCCGGACCUGAGGAGAACUUUACGCGCACUGAGUCAGAAACGGUUGCCCAGUGGGACAUCAAGUGGUGGAGGAGGAACGGCUGAACAACAAGGUGUGCAAAAGCUAGCUUCCACCUCUUCAAGUGGUGCAGCAACUGAAGAGGAUGGUGCUACUAGUACCACUACAGCAGUAACAGGCGAUGAAGUUGAGAUGCAACUCGAGGAUAUCCCCUACAGAGGUAGUGGUCUCGCAGUCGUUUGUCAUAGUACGCCAGACGUGUGGUGGGAAGAUGGCGCAUUUGGCUGGGGAGGCUUGCAAACACGGUGUCCUCCACCAACUGCGAAAAUUCGGAUUGGCCGAACCAUGUACGAGACAGAUACGUUGCCGAAUUCCUGGGUACCAAGGUUGAAUAGGAUGGACUACAUCCUAGUGCCGUCGAAAUGGCACUACGAUAUCUGGAAGAGGAAGAUAAAAGAACAUAAGUUUAUGACUUGACUGUUGCUCUCUUCUUAGUUACUGAAAAUAACCGAGUUACUGACUGAAAGAAGGGAGGUAGCUUGGACAGGGCUACUCUUCCUUGUUCAGUAUUUCGCUUAAAAUUUCAGUAGUUACUCGCUUAUUUCAGUUUUUCGAAAAUUCAUGACUUGUGACUGCUGUAAAUAGUUGUGCAGUGAAUGAGAGGAUGCUAGUUUCGACAUAAGACAUGAGAUGGUUUGACUUGCUUCUAAUCUCUUGAAAGUCCUCCACGAAGCAGUGGAUACGGAAUUUUUCUCUCCGACGGCGACUCCACAAGUUCCGCAACUCAGGCACCGCCGACAGCAUCGUCUGUUGGGCAAUUAUGUUGGUAGGCUGGCGCAAAGUGAAGGUGGUACUACGGCGAAACUCGACCCGCGCACAGGACGCAUGGCACAAACCGUGAAGAUUAAGGGUUUCGACAUUACUACAUCAUUCACUAACAACAUCCUUGGCCUUUAUGUUUAUUCAAGGGAAAAUAAAAUAGGCCAAGGAUGCUGUCUGAAGAACGUAGUAACUCGGUAGCCUUUAAGAAGAAAAAGGCGCCAGCGAGAUAUCAUAGAACGAAAGCCGGUAAGGGCCACUUGCAUGAGCAUGAACAGAGAAAAUUGCAGCACAGGCGAUACUUCGAUGAUGACUAUGCAGGCGAUAUGGAGCACGAUGUGCAUGUGAGUGGAGAGGUUAUGGAAGCUUGCUUUGGUGUUUCUACAGCCUGACCAUUUGUUAGGCUGAAGUAGAAGACGAAUCUUGAUGUUAGGUUUCUUGGUAAGCUUAUAGCUUCUACGUGGUUUGAUCAUUUAUAGUGUUGAGUCUCAUCUUCUCUAAACUAUGCACCACCGACGGUUCCGACAACGACAAUUCUGAGGAUACGCUUCCUCAGCCGCGCUUUUUUCUAGCUGUCGGCAAAUGGGAAAAGCGCAAGGGGUUCGAUGUGCUCAUCAAGGCCUUCCAAGAGGAGUUCAAGACCGAAGCAGGGAUUUAUUUGCUGAUUAAAACUUCACUCUUCCACAACACCAAGCAACAGAUCCUCCGUGAAGCCUUUGGGUCGAGCUACGAUUUGAAUUUGGAAAGAUAUCAACAUGUAAUCGUGGAAGACAUGCCUCUGAGCACUGUGGAACUAGUACAGUUAUACCGAGAAGCCACUGCAGUAGUGUUUCCAAGUCGGGGAGAAGGCUGGGGCAGAUGUCACGUGGAGGCAAUGUCGACUGGGAGACCAGUGAUUGCAACGAAUUUUAGUGGCCCCACAGAAUACAUGCGGGAAGGGAACAGUUUGGCGCUGAACUAGUAUGGCAGCAUGGAUUCCAGUGUCUUACAAAUAACUACAGGAAAAUGAGAGAGAGUUAAAGGAGCAACGAUAGGAUAGUGGUAGUCUCAAUCUAAUCCCCCACCUUAGCCAAGGAGACUGGUCGUGAGGGUCGUUGGGCUGAACCUUCCGUAUCGCACUUACGGCAGCAACUGCGCUGGGUUCUAAACCAUCGCGAGGAAGCAGAAGCCAUCGGCAGUAACGCUCGUAAAAUUAAGGGCUUCAAUCCUCCACAUUGCAUUUUGCACUUGCGCCUUUGACUUUUUUAUUUUUAGCCUAAAAGGAAAAAUAUAAAUAUACGUCAAAGGUGACCCUCUGUGUCUGAAGAAUGUGCACAUUUUGAAACCUCAUCUAAGAAAACUAUGGUAGACCGAUUUUCUUUAUCCGCGAUAGCAAAACAGUUCGAACAAUUGUUGGUCUCGAUGGAUCGGGAAAUCAGUCAUCGAGAUGCUUUAUUGCCUGAAAGGGAACUCAGGGGAAGAUCUUCUUCAAGGAGAGACGAGUUGUAA